CCCAGCGAGUAUGAAGAUGUAAUAUAUGGCAAAGUGGCUUGCAAGGUGACCAUCGAUCAGUCCAAACUGGUGGUCACUCCGUCGGCCGGAAAAUCUAAGAACGGCGCACAGGAAUACGUUUGGGAUGAGGUAGGAAUUUGUAACAGUAUCAUAUUACAUUAA